AGAAUAGACUCUUGUCCCCUUCACUCCCUUUUGCUACUCUCUUUUCCCCCCCGUCUCCUCACAGCCAAGAUCUUUCCUUUUUUUCUUUCUCCUUCGACUUUCUCUCUCUUCACACAGGUCCCAUUCGCUGCUUGUCCCUUUCUCUCUCUUAAAACCCUCGUAGGCUCACACAGAACGAGCUGAAAAAAAGGGGGAAAAAAUGAGAGGUCCGUUGGGGCCUGUGAUAGGUAAAUAUCCGUCUUCGAGCGAAGUGAAUGGUGAAAAUGGGAAUGGGAAUAGCGGCGAUAUCAUAAAGCACAACAGGAAAUGCAGGGAUGUGGCGUUUUUGGUGGUGUUCAUUGCUUUUUGGGUUGCAAUGAUUGUUAACUCUAGCUUUGCUUUCAACCAAGGAAACCCAUUGAGGUUAAACUAUGGGCUGGACUAUAAAGGUAAUGUGUGUGGCGAUAGACAUGCGGAUCGUGAUCUUCGUGAAUUGGAGCUAAGAUAUUGGCUAAACCCUAACCAGGUUUAUCAAACUGGUGUAAAGGGCAGUAAUUUUGAGCUCUCGAACGCCCGCAGCAUAUGUUUGCUGGAUUGUCCAAUCCCAUCUGAGGACUCACUCAAUUGGGUUUGUGAUUAUCCAGAGGGUGAUGUUCGCCUCUCGAUCGAUAACUGGAUUGAUAGAAAUUACGACUAUUUUGCUGACCUUACUCCCCAGCUUAGAAACAGCUCUCUUCAGCUUCAGGGUCCUUGUUAUCCAGUUAUAUUUCCUAGUGUCAAUGUUUAUUGGACCUGUCAAUUCAUUGCACGUGCUUCAAAUGUAUCUUUGACACACUGGGAGCAGAUGGGUGGAGUGAAAGUCAUAGAAGACAUUGCAAUUGAUAAAUCCAUCCACAAAUCGAUUAAUUCCCGAUCAUCUGUACUGAAGAGAUAUGUGGCUGAUGUUGGGAAGGCAUGGCCUGUGCUGCUCGUUUGUGGGGGAUUUCUGCCUCUGUUUCUAUCAAUUAUAUGGCUUUUGAUGAUUCGUCAUUUUGUAGCCGGAAUGCCUUGGAUUACUGUCAUUCUUUUCAAUAUUCUCAUGGUAUCUGUGACCAUGUUUUAUUAUUUGAAAGAAUUCCGAGAACAAUUUGUGAGUGUAAUCGACCCAACGAACGAAGCGCAGUGGAAUUUCAGCAAGGCCGGGAAUUCUGAUGAACUGCAUGAUUUACUGCAAUAUUUUCACACUCCUAACUACAAGCUCUACUUACAGAAUUUGUACAUUGCUGGAUGGAUUGGAAAUGAUGCCAUUUCUCCAAUCAUUGGCGAACACGACCCAUACUAUCAUGUGUCAGCCAGGGAGAUAAAUCAUCUUCAUGCUGCUGCUGUUUUCAUGACAGCUCUGAUGAUUGUCGCAUUUCUAUCCUCUAUUGCUAUUAUCCGCCGUAUUCUCAUGGGAACAUCCGUCCUCAAGGUAGCUGCAAAAGUGAUUGGAGAAGUACAGGCCCUGAUAGUCUUCCCAAUUAUACCAUACGCCAUACUAGCUAUUUUCUACAUGUUCUGGCUAUCAGCUGCUCUUCAUCUUUUUAGCUCAGGAAGUGUUGUGCAGAAUGACUGUAGUGCCAAUUGCUGUGCUUAUGAUCUCAAAGCAAUGAAGCUGAGCUGCAAUAGCUGCUGUGGCUAUACCGUUCGCUACAUGUCUCAUAUAACUGCUGCUAUCAUUUUCCACCUGUUUGGCGGUUAUUGGGCCACCCAAUUCAUCAUUGCUUGCUCGUCUACAAUAAUUGCUGGCUCUGUUGCUUCGUAUUAUUGGGCUCGUGGGGAAAUCUCGCAAGGAAUCCCGUUUCUUCCCGUUUUUUCUUCAAUGAAGCGGCUCGUACGAUACAGUCUAGGAUCAAUGGCUAUCGGCUCUCUUAUCGUGUCCUUCAUAGAAUCAAUUAGAUUCAUACUCGAGGCCAUUCGUCGUAAGCUUAAAGGCAUAAUAAAUCCUAUGACCGAAAACUGGUUUGAAAAGGCUACUUAUCAGACUUCACAAGGCUGCCUUAGGAGUAUAGGGUGCAUCAUCAAAUCAGUGAACCGCAAUGCUUAUAUCAUGAUUGCAAUAACAGGAAAAGGUUUCUUUAAAUCCUCCGAGAUUGCAACAGAGCUUAUCAUGAGUAAUAUCCUCAGAAUCGGGAAAGUGAAUGUGAUAGGGGAUGUGAUUCUCUUUCUCGGGAAGCUUUGUGUUAGUCUGACGAGUGCACUUUUCGCCUUUUUGAUGUUGGACACUCAUAAAUACAAAUCGGCACAUAACAAGAUUUCAUCCCCUCUAUUCCCUGUUCUGGUGUGUUGGGGAUUUGGGUACAUUGUGGCUAAACUCUUUUUUGGGGUGGUUGAGAUGUCAAUAGACACCAUAAUUCUCUCCUUUUGCCAAGACUCGGAUGAGCAUCAAGGCACAGCACAAUAUGCUCCUCCACUGCUAAUCGAGACUCUCAACGACCAAAACGAAAUGCAAAGGCUGACUCAAUGAGCCAUUUUUUUGUUUUUCUUUUUCUUUUUUUUAGACAAUGGCAUUCGUGGAAUCUCGUGGAUUUGCUCGAUGGCGGUUGAGUUUCGGGCGGGAAAAUGUAUUAUUUUUCUAGUCAAGACUUGGUUUUUGGCCCCCAAUUUGGGGGGAAAAAAACUAAUAUGAUCCUUAGUUUGUAUAUAUAUAUAUAUAUAUUAAUGUGGGUUGAAAAAUUGGAAGAAAUCUUGGUUAAGGGAAUCCACCACAAGUGAUGUGUUGUGAUUUGUGUUUUUUGACUUUCUUCUGUGUCUGAGAAAUGAGAAUUUGGAGUAUUUUUUCCCUCAACUGAGGAAUAUUAUUU